GGCGAUCACGUUUUCACAUGAUGCUCACGCUCAGGGCGCUUCAAUUAUCCCUCCCCACAAAGAUAGGUGGCGCGUGUUUCAGGGUCUCUCCUACAGAAAAGAAAAAGAAAAAAAUGUCAUUAGAAGAGGCGUAACACGUCAGUCCGUCCCCAGGUUUGUUUCCUGGAGUGGCCGAAAGAGAUCAGUUCUAACCUGCUCCGCAGGAAUAACGGUCCUGCCUCCCGACACUCUUGGGGAGGUUUUGUACAGUUUGCUCCGGGAGCUGUUUCUUCGCUUCCACCUUUUUCUCCCCCACACUUCGCGGCUUCUUCAUGCUUUUUCUUCUCACCAUUUCUGGCCAAAACUACAAACAAGACUUCGCAGAUCGAGCCUGCGUGCCGCCGGAGCAGGGCGCCGAGUCCAUGCGAACUGCCAUCUGAUCCGCGCUUAUCAAUGAGGCAGCCGAUCAUGGCGGAGGGCCCCCGGUGCAAGAGGCGCAAGCAAGCCAACCCGCGCAGGAAGAACGUGGUGAACUAUGACAAUGUAGUGGACACAGGUUCUGAAACGGAUGAGGAGGACAAGCUUCACAUUGCUGAGGAGGACGGUAUUGCUAAUUCCCUGGAGCAGGAGACGAGUCCAGCUAGCGUGCCCAACCAUGAGUCCUCCCCACACAUGAGCCAAGCCCUGUUGCCAAGAGAGGAAGAGGAAGAAGAGAUAAGGGAGGGUGGAGUGGAACAUGCCUGGCACAACAGUGAGAUCCUACAAGCCUCUGUAGAUGGUCCAGAAGAAAUGAAGGAAGACUAUGUCACUAUGGGGCCGGAAGCCACAAUCCAGACCACAGUUAACAAUGGUACAGUUAAGAAUGCAAAUUGCACGUCAGACUUUGAGGAAUACUUUGCCAAAAGAAAACUGGAGGAACGCGAUGGUCAUGCAGUCAGCAUUGAGGAAUACCUUCAGCGCAGUGACACGGCCAUUAUUUACCCAGAAGCCCCUGAGGAGCUGUCUCGCCUUGGCACACCAGAGGCCAAUGGGCAAGAAGAAAAUGACCUGCCACCUGGAACUCCAGAUGCUUUUGCCCAACUGCUGACCUGCCCCUACUGCGAUCGGGGCUACAAGCGCUUGACAUCACUGAAGGAGCACAUCAAGUACCGCCACGAGAAGAAUGAGGAGAACUUUUCCUGCCCUCUUUGUAGCUACACGUUUGCCUACCGCACCCAGCUCGAGCGGCAUAUGGUGACGCACAAGCCAGGGACAGAUCAGCACCAAAUGCUAACCCAAGGAGCAGGUAAUCGCAAAUUCAAAUGCACAGAGUGUGGCAAGGCCUUCAAGUACAAACACCAUCUGAAAGAGCACCUGAGAAUUCACAGUGGUGAGAAACCUUAUGAAUGCCCAAACUGCAAGAAACGCUUCUCCCAUUCUGGUUCCUACAGUUCGCACAUCAGCAGCAAGAAAUGUAUUGGUUUAAUCUCUGUGAAUGGCAGAAUGAGAAACAAUAUCAAGACGGGUUCCUCCCCUAAUUCUGUUUCUUCUUCUCCUACUAAUUCAGCCAUUACUCAGUUAAGAAACAAGUUAGAGAAUGGAAAACCACUUAGUAUGUCUGAACAAACAGGCUUACUUAAAAUUAAAACAGAACCACUAGACUUUAAUGACUACAAAGUUCUUAUGGCCACACAUGGAUUUAGUGGCACUAGUCCCUUUAUGAAUGGUGGGCUUGGAGCCACCAGUCCUUUAGGAGUUCACCCAUCUGCCCAGAGUCCAAUGCAGCACUUAGGUGUAGGGAUGGAAGCCCCUUUACUUGGAUUUCCCACAAUGAAUAGUAAUUUAAGUGAAGUACAAAAGGUUCUGCAGAUUGUGGACAAUACGGUUUCCAGGCAAAAAAUGGACUGCAAAGCUGAAGAAAUUUCAAAGUUGAAAGGUUAUCACAUGAAAGAUCCAUGCUCUCAACCUGAGGAGCAAGGAGUUACCUCUCCUAAUAUUCCACCAGUCGGUCUUCCAGUUGUGAGUCACAAUGGUGCCACUAAAAGUAUUAUUGACUAUACAUUAGAAAAAGUCAAUGAAGCCAAAGCUUGCCUCCAGAGCUUAACUACUGACUCAAGGAGACAGAUCAGUAAUAUAAAGAAAGAAAAGCUACGUACUUUAAUGGAUUUGGUCACCGAUGACAAAAUGAUUGAGAACCACAACAUAUCCACUCCAUUUUCAUGCCAGUUCUGUAAAGAAAGCUUUCCUGGCCCCAUUCCCUUGCAUCAGCAUGAACGUUACCUUUGUAAGAUGAACGAAGAGAUCAAGGCAGUCCUGCAACCUCAUGAAAACAUAGUCCCCAACAAAGCUGGAGUUUUUGUGGAUAAUAAAGCCCUCCUCUUGUCAUCUGUACUUUCUGAGAAAGGACUGACAAGCCCUAUCAACCCAUACAAGGACCACAUGUCUGUACUUAAAGCAUACUAUGCUAUGAAUAUGGAGCCCAAUUCUGAUGAACUGCUGAAAAUUUCCAUUGCUGUGGGCCUUCCUCAGGAAUUUGUGAAGG